GAAUCUCAGUUUCAGUUUAACUUGGAGACAUCUACCUUCUUUUUUGUCUCUAUUUUGAGUCUUAGAAUUGAUUCAUUCAACAUUGAAUGGAGCAAAACAACAACAGCAGCAAAAGCAUCAACGACAUGCUCCCUCCAGAAUUGAUAACUCAAAUCUUAUUGAGACUUUCUGUCAAACACCUUGGGCGCGUCAAGAGUGUUUCCAAGUUUUGGAACAAUCUCAUCUCCAACCCCAAUUUCGCAAAAUCUCAUUUUGAACUCUCUCUGGCACCCACCCAUAGAUGUAUCUUCAUCCCAGAAGUUACAAUGGAUCAUCGAUCCAUUGACCUCGAUGCACUAUCCCAUGCUACUUAUGCUGACGCUGCCGCUGCUACAAUAACAAAGAUUUCUCCUUCUCCUGCUGCUGCUGAUAACGAUUCUGAUCCUGAUUAUGAUGAUCACAUCGUUCUUGGAUCAUGUCGAGGAUUCAUAGCUUUAUACCAAUACCCACACUCUUUCGUCAUAUGGAACCCGUUAACCGGAUCCCACAGAAUUAUUUCAUGCCAUCAUAUUGCGAAAAUUUCCGAUAUGGCUACUAAUUGUUAUUACUCCUUUGGCGGCCAGCUUCUCUUUGGAUUUGGGUACGACGCAACCAGAGAUGAUUACUUGGUAGUUUUAGCUUGGAAGGAUGAAAAGAAGAAUCAAGAAGGCCACUUUGAUUUCUUCUCCUUGAGGUCCAAUUCUUGGAGUAGUUUUAAGGAGGAUGUUAUUAUUCCAGACCAACUAAAGAGGAGGAAAAAGUGGGCACACUCGAUGUUCUUUAAGGGGGCUAUUCAUUGGUUGAAUCAUGAUGGUGAUUAUGAUGCUAUUGCUACUAUUCUUGUCUUUGAUACUAGCAAAGGGAAGGGUUUUUUGGAGAUUGCUGUGCCAGAACAAGUAGGAAGGUAUUACCCUUGCCAUCUGACCGUAUUGGGAGGGUGUUUAGCCUUGUAUUAUGAUAAAGACGAUGAUGAUUAUGAUAAAUCUGUGAUAUGGGUGAUGAAAGAGUAUAAUGUGCAGUCUUCUUGGACUUCCUAUGAGAUUCCUAGCAGUUACUCUGAGCCUGUGUGCUUGUCUGAGGAUGGCGAUUUUAUAGGAUUCGAUGAAUCACCUGGAAUGUCGAAAUAUAAUGUUAGAGGAGAGCUGCUCAUGCGUUUUGAUCGUUCUUGUAAUCAGAUUGGGUACGUUUCGUAUAGUGUUUAUACAGAGAGUCUCUUGAUACUGCCUAAUGAUGGCUCUGAGGAGAAAGAAGGGAGUUCAUCAGUUAAAGGGACUGAAGAGAGCACCAACUUAGCCACUUGAUUGUUGUUUUAAGCUGAGGUAAAAAAGUGGAAGGAGUUUCAAGAAACUUUUGUAUAUUUGUUUUUGAGUUUGCUUUGAAAAUGAGUUUCAUUCCAUAUAUGAAUGUUGGAAACUCAAGGACAUAUAGACAAUUCAAAUGGUGCAAGUCAUGUAUUACAUGCAGUAUCUUUUGUGAAUAUGCAAUAAUAGUACUACUAAUAGUUCUUAAGUCUGCCUUAAUUUUCUUUUUCUUCUGCUAUACAUGCAUGAUGAAUGUAGCUUUCCGAUUUUCAUUUUGCAUUGAGAUCUCUAUUAAGUCAAUACAUAUUAUUACACAAUGAUUGGUAUAUAUGCUGUGUAGAAUCAUGUAUAUAUUAUAUAAUAUCAUGUUACUAUUUGUUAGGUGUUUUAAUUCUUGAUAUGGAUAUAUGAUGAAUUCUAAAUGGACAAUAUACACAAAGAUGCUAUUUAGUGUUUUUCUAUCUCCGCGCUUUUUCAGUCUAGAAUCUUUGUACAGAGUAUGGAAA